UGUCUGUGUCUGUGCAGGAGCGGACCCGAUCGUUCGACAGCUUCAACAUGAACCCCCUGGAGAGCUCCCUCAUCGACAUCAUGAGGGCCGAGCAGGACUCCCUCAAAGGUCGUCUGGGGUUUCCUCAUCCAGGCGGGGACAAUCCUCUGUCCCUUAAUGGCCAUUCCUCUCUCUUCCCAAUGGAGGAUGGUUUUCCUGAUGAUGAGCGUGGAGAGGGCUUGGCCGGUCUGGGAUCUCCUCACUGCUUCCCACAUCAGAACGGAGAGCGAGUGGAACGCUACUCUCGCAAAGUGUUUGUGGGUGGACUGCCUCCUGAUAUAGAUGAAGAUGAGAUCACAGCCAGUUUCCGCCGCUUCGGUCACCUGUUUGUGGACUGGCCUCACAAAGCGGAGAGUAAAUCCUAUUUCCCUCCCAAAGGGUACGCCUUCCUGCUGUUCCAGGACGAGAGCUCUGUUCAGGCUCUGAUAGACGCCUGCAUCGAAGAAGACGGAAAACUGUACCUGUGCGUGUCCAGCCCCACCAUCAAAGACAAGCCGGUCCAAAUUCGACCCUGGAACCUGAAUGACAGUGACUUUGUGAUGGACGGCUCUCAGCCUUUGGACCCAAGGAAAACCAUCUUCGUGGGAGGAGUGCCCCGUCCACUCCGUGCAGUGGAGCUGGCGAUGAUCAUGGACCGGCUCUAUGGAGGGGUGUGCUACGCUGGCAUUGACACAGACCCGGAGCUGAAGUACCCCAAAGGAGCAGGGCGGGUGGCCUUCUCUAAUCAGCAGAGCUACAUAGCUGCUAUCAGUGCUCGCUUUGUGCAACUGCAGCAUGGAGAGAUCGAUAAACGGGUGGAAGUGAAGCCAUACGUGCUGGACGACCAGCUGUGCGACGAGUGCCAGGGGACCCGCUGUGGGGGCAAGUUCGCGCCCUUCUUCUGCGCCAACGUGACCUGCCUCCAGUACUACUGCGAGUACUGCUGGGCCGCCAUCCACUCACGGGCCGGACGAGAGUUCCACAAGCCCCUGGUGAAGGAGGGAGGAGACCGCCCCCGCCACAUCUCCUUCCGCUGGAACUGAACCACAGGCAACAGGCAACAGGCAACAGGCAGGGCAGGUAGUGCACCAGUCGCCAAUCAUUGUACAAAUAAAUGCACUUUUCUGUUGCUGGUUCCUUUUUGCUCUAAGUUCACCCAAAAGUUUCUCGUUUUUUAAGUUAAUAUAUAGUAUAUCUAUAUUUUGAAAAAAAAGAAAAGAAAAAAUGUCCAGAAAAGAAAAAAAGAAGUGUAAUGUAAUUUAAUUUAUAAAUUUGAUUUUUAAAAUAUUUUUAUGAGUUCAUACAAAUGGAUAUAUAGGACCGUUUGAAGUGUGUGAUGGUACUCUGCUUUGAAUUGGCCUGAACUUUUUUUUAAACAUUUUUAUCAAAAAUCUAAAGAAAUGUGACUUUAAAAUUUUUAUUUUGUGUAGCAGAGCUGUUCCUCUUUAGUUUGUAUUACGUCUGGAGGCAAAUGCAAUGGGAACAGUGCAUUAUUGGCUGUUUAUUGUGGAAAGGGUCGGGGCUCUAGAGCAAACUUCACUUGAAAAGGGUGUUGCUAAAGAAGAGUGCACUUAUUUCCAUUAGAGAGAGUGCAGUUUCAGUAUAGGAGACCCUUGUAGUUUACCAAAGCUGAAUUUCUCAUCACUGACAAACACAAGAGAGGGCCCACUGCGACGAAUAUUCACCCUCCUCGAUCAAAAAAAAUAAAUCUCUACCGCAAAUAUUUUUACUUGAAAUUUCACGCAAGAAAAUCUCUAAGCAACAUAACUAUAUUUGGGUUCGGAUCUCCAUUUUGACACAUGCAAAAACUAAUACCUCAAACUCAGCUGCUAAUGUGCCGAUUCCAGAGGAGACUAACCAGAAGAUAACUCGCUAUCCGUGCUGCCGGGGCCGUCCUUCCCGCCGAUACGACACGGGAAGUUGGGCGUCCGGCGGCUGCGUGUGAUGGGAACGGCACAGUUUUGUACUCACUUUGCUUCAUCACCUUAUUUUUGUAUCAAUCGCAGGGUUGUGCUAGAGACGGACAGAGCAUCUACAGUAUCUUUAGGGGAAUGUAUAGGAGGAGACUAACUAUCCUCAGCUGAAUGCGAACACGGGGGGAGCCAGAGAAAGCUAGUGGCCUCCGCUUUUUUUGCAGUUUCGAAUGGUAAAAAAAAAUGCCUGUCUGUUAGUUAGUUUUUUAAAUACAUUUGUGCAAUUCUCCCAAGUCUUUACGGAAAAAAAAAAAACCUUUGCAUCCUGGAGUCAGCUACUUUCUUUUAUUAACCCACAAAAGCAAUGAAAGAUGAUCUGACUUCAUCUGCACACAUUUGAGUCGUUGGGGGGGUACGCGAUUUCGGAGACCCCCCUCCCUCCUUCCUCCUGCCAAGUUAAACCAACUCAGCAACAGUGUUUUUGAAGCAUAAAUGAAGAUAGUCCAUGCAGUGCGCUCUACUACUACUACUACUACUACUACUACAACUUCGUGUCAACCGGGCUGCCCAUACGAAAAGGUUUUACCCGCCUUAGGGAACCAAAGAUGGCGGUGCAGUAGUGGGUCACGCUGUAGCUUACGUUCUGUUUUUUAUUGAUUAUAUUACUCUCAUAUAUUUUUUUAUCACUAUCUACCCAGUAACUGUCACGCACCUGUUGGACUCUGGUAAAACCAAAGAUUGGCCUUGUGAAUUUAUUAUUAUAUUUCUACAUUUUAAGUGCAGUCAGACCCCGUACUUCUCCGUAGCUCAAAAUGGAGGCGACUUAUUUGCGUUACAACACAAAGUGCACACGGACAGGCGCGGUCGUCAAAAUGGUCUUCGUUUUGAGUGACUCGGUUUGAACCACGUCAGGGAGCAGUCUACAGAAACUUGAGUCUACACUAGUGAGUUACCUACCCUCAUUUGUGACGCGGUGUCCACUUCGCACCAGUUUGCACCCGGACAUGAGUUUUGUGGGUGUGGUGGGGGAGCAUUUUAGAAGUUAAAACACUUUGUGAAGAAUUUGCUGUUUAAAAUGAGAAGAAAAAAAGAUUAUUUUAUACAUGGCCUGCUGAUUUUUGGUACAGUGUGUUUUCUAGCUAAAUUAUUUUGUCAUGCACAUAUAAACAUUUAUUAUGCACUACUUUUCUAAAUAGUUUUUCUUUUUCCAACAGUCAUUUUAGGCACAUUUUUCACGAAUGGGGAAACUCCUUUUUGCAAUACCUCAAUUUUUCACAUUGUGAAAGGUAGCUUUUGUACUUUUGUUACUGAGAGAUCUGCAUAUAUGGAGCUGUUGAGUGAUUUCAAUAUAUAUUAUUUUCAAUUAUGCUUUUUAUACAUUUCAGUGCUGAGGAAUCUUUACAACUAUAAGUGCGCACUUGUGUUGAGGCGACUUCAGAUCUGCAGAGGACAGACCAAAGUGAACAUUCAGUUGGUCUUAGCUUUUAGAUGUGUCCGUAACAGCAUGGCGACAAAAAGACAAAAAACAUGUUGUUGUGAUUAAAUGGAUGUUCAUGCCUUGUAACACGGCUCUACUAGUUGGAAAAUGGUAACUUCUGUCUUGGUUUCCUCUCCGUAGAUGGAGUCAUUAACUUAUUAUAAGGAGAAUGCAAAAUUUGGUUCACGCUUAACGCUGAAUCUCGUAUCACACGAAUGGAUGUUUGGUGUUUAGAUAUUUUAAUAUUUAAAAAAAGUAUAAAUAUCUAUAUCUAUAUAUAUAUUCUUGAACUUGCCAACUAGCACCUAUCGUAAUCCUUAGCAUGCAUGACAAAAAAAGAGAAAAUGACAAGUACAUGAAUUAGCUAUAAAAAUUAAUUGUUGUGGUGUGCACCAAAUGUUUCUCAAAUAUUGCGUUGUUAAGGACACCCUAUAGUCCCACACGAUGUCCCCUCCCCCAGACCCCGAUGACCCCGCCCCACGUGUUGAGAACCCCUCGCUUCCCCAUUCGCAGACCUCUAAAGACGAGAAAUGACACAAACUUUCUAUAUUGACAAGUGGGCAGCGCAUCCGUAUCGAACACUGUUUUUUACUCUAACCUUAGACUUGAGCUGUCUUGAUCUUUCUAUAAUAGACCUAUCUGGAGGAAGGGGAGCUUAAAGACUUGAAUGUGGUAAAUGUUGCAAGUUAACUUCAAGUUGUUAUGUGCAAUACUUCUUUUGAACCUUUUUCCAGAUAAAGACUCUUUGCAAUGUAAUUCUUUAAUGCCAUUUUUAAUUGCAGACAUUUAAUUAAAAAAGAUGUUAAUAUGUUUUUCACAGUCAUUUUCUACUGUUAUUGUAAUCCUUUUCAUGCUGGUGUUUGUAAAAAAGAAAAGAAAUCAAACUAUUUGUACUAAUAUAAAUAAUUGAAGUUAUUUUUAAAACAUUAAAAGGUUUUGUGCUUAUUUGCCUAUUUUAUUUCAAGCUACUGUGAUUGAUUGCUUUGUAAUUAUUAGGUCAACAAUGUAUUUAGCUGUUUAUUGGUAUAUUUUUAAUUGGAAUGUAUAAUUGAUUUUUAUAAUUUUGAUCAGAUUUUUGUUAUAUUUUUGAGGUGAAGCUUUUAAUAUGUUAAAGUGUCUAGUUUUUACUAAUUGCUAUAUUGUGCUCCACAAUAUAUGGUUCACAUUUUCUGAAGGAAAAUAAAUAUUAAAUAUUUGUCUGUUAAUGUUACUUAAUGGCAAGAUUUCAAUAGUUUUUAACUGUGUAUGGGAAGGUUGUUGUAUUUAUUAAUAGCAUUUUUUACUUAAGAUAUCACCUUAAUUUUUAUUGUCAUUUCACUUUAUAAGUUCCUAUUUUUGUAUUUUCCUUUCUAAUUAAGUUAUGUACUACGGAUAUGUUCAUAUUUCUAGGAGUUGGUCUGUAGAAGUGCUAGUGAAAAACGAAAAAGAAAAAUCUAAUGUUAUUUAAUUGUUUGCAGCCAACUAUUUAUAACAGUAUGCAUAAUUUUUAAAUAUUUGUAAUGUGAAAUGUUGAAUGAAAUAAAUCUUAACUGUGAUGAAAAUAUGA